UGCAAGACAAUUUUUUCCCCACGAGUGCAAACAAUCAGAAGUUGUACUCGUAUGCUAAUAUGGUUUAAAGUUUUAAGAUGUCUUUGUGCAGUCGCUUUUUGGAAGAUGCCAGGCGAGAUCUGAGGAAGGCAGACAGAGAAAUGAAGAGACAGAUGAGACUGAUGGAUCUGCAUUCACGUUACCUGUGUACCUACAUACAUCCUCACUGCCUGUGCAGUGUACACCUACAUCCUCAUUGCCUCUGUGAAUUACAUCCGUACCCCCACAGCCUGUGUGACUGGAACUGUCGACCAUCAUGCCUCACAGUUUGGGAGAGAAGGGCCAUUAAAGCAAAACUAGAGGCAGAGCGAGAACUGGCCAGUGAGCGAAGAAGAAUUAAUAGGAUGUUGAGCUCAUGCCAUGAUCAUAAGCUUUUAGCUCUGAUGGAUGUUAAAGGUUUUGACCCAGAGGAUGUUACAGUAAAGGUGAAAGAUGGGAAAGUUAAAUUAUUAGCUGAACAUGAAGAGGAAUAUAGGACCCUAAGAGGAAAGGAAUACAACUAUAAAAACAUUACUAAGGAGAUCAAUUUGCCUCCAGGAGUGGAUGAAGAUGAGGUGAUGUACACUGUAGGACCCAACAGCAUUGUGAAGAUUGAAACUCCCCGCAGGUGUUAUCCUUGCCUUCUAAGUCUGUGACAAAGGACUCAGCGGACUCAGAGCAGCAGUAGUCAUACACUACUUGGAUAUAGUACAAGCAAUUAAUGUUUUGACUCCACCCUCUAAUAUUUGGUGGCAUCUGUUUUGACCACUUUAGGAACAAAAAUAGGACUGCAAAACUGUGUGAAUGCCAGUCCUUUAGCUUCAUUUUGAAGGGUUUCUUUUGUGUGUGAUAUGGUCACAAUGAUAAAAACUUGUUUAGAAAUGCUGAACUAUGGCAACCUGUUAAGUAAUAAA